AUGUUGCAGUACGUCGUGGAGGAGGCGGUCGAGGGCGGCGUGGAGGAAGUCAUUAUCGUCACUGCCCCCGGAAAGGAGGGCAUCGCGUCCUACUUUCAGCCGUCUGCGGCAUUGGAGGCUCGGCUCGCCGGGACCGGAGCCGAAGACUUGCUGGAGAAGGUGAUACACGCCUCCAGCCUCGCCAGGGUCUCCUUCGUAAUACAGGAAGAGGCGCUCGGCCUGGGCCACGCGGUUCUCACCGCCAGGGAUGCGGUGGGCGAUGAGCCGUUUGUCGUCAUCCUCCCCGACGAUAUCGUCCAUCACGCGCCUGGGGUGGUCUCACAGAUGGCGGCUAUAUUCGAUCGUAAGCAGUCGGGCGUCAUAGCGGUCGAACCCAUGCCUUGGGAAACGGUGCACAACUACGGCGUCGUUGACGCCACGCCCGUCGGAGACGGCCUGCACCAGAUCAGGGGGCUGGUGGAAAAGCCGCCCCGCGACGAGGCGCCAUCCAACCUCUCAAUCGUCGGACGCUACAUUUUGCCGCCAGAGAUUUUUGACUGCCUAGAACGCACCCCACCGGGCGCCAAAGGGGAAAUCCAGCUUACUGACGGUAUGCUGCUCCUGCUGGAGGCUGCGGACCUGUACGCCUACGAGUUCCAGGGUAUUCGCUACGACGGAGGCCAGCCGUUGGGUCUGCUCAGGGCCUCCCUGGAGUACGCGCUUCGCCGCGAUGACACCCGCGAUGCCGCUCGCGCAAUGCUGAACAGCAUCCAAGCCGACUGA